AUGAACCCGGAAGACUCACUGCUGAAUUGGUUCGAAGUCAGAAACGAGACAGAAGCAGGUUUACCGAAGGUUGCAUUGAAGGAUGUUGAUGCGGUUGCAGUGACGGUCAAGCCAGGUCUUCCCGUAUGCCUGAAGAUUGGUGCCAAGUACGCGUUGAAUCUCUGCAGAACAGGCAAAAAGCCGAUAAUUCCAGUUCACCAUAUGUUGGCUCAUGCAGUAACGAUUAGAUUGGUGGAAGACCAGCUUUCUUACCCAUUUCUUACGCUGCUCAUGUCCGGUGGUCACUGUAUCUUGGCGCUGGCCAAUUCAGUCAGUGAGUUUCUGGUUUUCGGGAAUUCGCUGGACGUGGCGCCUGGCGAGGCUUUUGACAAGGUUGCUAGAAGGCUGCAGCUUUGUCACGUACACCCGACAUAUGAGAACCUCAGCGGCGGUGUGCUAAUAGAAAAAUUUUCAGCUGACGGUGAUCCUUUCGCUUUUGAGUUUCCGUAUCCGUUGAGGGUGCAUGAUUGCAACUUUUCUUUCUCCGGUCUGAUGACGAAAGCUUAUCAACACCUGACAAAGCUCGAAGCUACUUUUGGAUCUCAAAUCAGCGAUGAUAAGCUGAAAGACUUGAGUGCCAGUUUUCAGCAUGCCAUCUUCAGGCAUAUCGCAAAAAGACUGCUGCGCGCAUUUCAGUAUAUCAACGAAAGACACCUAAUGCCGAACGGACAUCCGCGUUAUUUGGUAUUGUCUGGCGGAGUCGCUUCGAACGCAUAUAUCAGGAAGGGUCUUGCGUACGUUGCUGAGCGUAACGACUUUGCGUUGCUUUGUCCACCUAAAGAGCUUUGCACAGACAACGGCAUCAUGAUAGCAUGGUGCGGUGUAGAGAAAUUCAUCGCCGGUGAAGAUAUACUCUAUGAUUUGCCAGAGAGAUUAGAAGUAUUUUCACGGUAUGCAUGGUCCUUCUCCGUUAUUGUUUUGAAUUUGAUUGCAAUGAUUAUAUUUAGAGUUCCCCUUGGCAAAGACAUCAGUCAAGAGAUCGCAGCUUUGCAUAUCCCAGCGUCGUAUUUCAAGCUUAGUCUGAAUUUCAGUUCUAUGUAG